AUGGAAGAGUUUAUUGUAAAAGUUGGGAAAGAAGACUUUGGCUUCAAUGCAACAUCUUUGGAAAAGGUUCCAGAUUCUUACCUAAAUAGGUUAUUAUUGGAAGAGAACAAGUGUAAGACUAUGUCCUUCCCGCGAUGCCGGGAAAGCUUCCGUGCAAUUCACGAGUUUUGUUUCUCGGGUAAAUUGCAUAUUCCGAAAAGUGUCUGUGUCGGAAAAUUUAAAGAAGAGCUGGAAUUUUGGGGAAUUGAUGACUCGGCAAUGGAAGAAUGCUGCCUGAGAAAAUUGUACGAUUAUGAUCUUCAGCAGAAGUCGCUUUUGAAAUUCAAGUCUGACUUUAGCAGACGUCAAAAGAAAUGUGAAGAACUGGACAACAAUAACAUCUCCACAAAGUCUCUCAGGCAACAGGUGUGGGAAAUAUUGGAUUACCAGAAUGACAGUAUCUAUGCCAAGGUGUACCUUUUUCUAUCUACCCUCGUGGUCUUGGCUAGCUGUAUUAUGAUAGCCGAAAAUAUUCCUACCAUGUUUGAUGCUUGGUGGUGGAGCAUUGUCACCAUGACAACUGUGGGAUACGGGGAUAUGUAUCCUAAAUCAAUUACUGGGAAGAUAAUUGGCGGAAUGUGCGCUAUUUAUGGUGUUCUUAUGUUUGCAAUGACCGUACCUAUCUUUGUAAAUACGUUUCACUCGCUGUAUAAGUAUGCAGUCUUUGCUAACAUGCAGUCUCAGAAAACCAAAAUAAAAGAAGAGGAAACGGACUCUGAGAUACUUGCAGAGAAGACGGCUUGA